AUGACUCCCUUCGGCCACACACCCGCUAAGGCCGCGUUCCUUGUCGUGGUCAUCGCCACUGUGGUGCUCCUUUCCGCCCCUGCUCGCGUUUCCGCCGGGAGUCCCGCCAACGCGACUGCGCCUGCUAAAGCGACUGCGCCUGCCAACGCGAAUGCUUAUGCUAAGGGGGUUGCGGCUGGCGCGAUCGGGUCUGCAAACGCAACCACGCCAGCCUUGGCGGCCACAGCGAGGCAGAGCAAGAGCGCGGGGCUAGGAAAGAACUCCACAUGCGCCUAUUACGGCAACUACACCGCCAACCCAUACUUCGGCAAGGGACUCACCGUGAAGCUUCCUCCCGCCAUCUUCGGCCAGCGCUGCGGCGCGUGCUACAAGGUGAUUUGCGCCAACAACACUAAGCACUGCCGCAGCGGCAAGGCGACCGUGACAGUCCGCGUCAUUGGCGCGACGACCACGGAGAAGGAGAUUUCGCUCUCCGCCGUCUCGUGGUCCAAGAUCGUGCAGGGAUCCGACGCCACCCCCGUCGGCAUCACGUACAAGCGCACCAACUGCCAUUCCACCGCUGGUUCGGCGGUGCGCGUGCGCAGCAACUCGACGGCAGAGAAUUUCAACAUUCAGAUGGUGGGUCUCGCCGGCCCCGGUACGCUUAAGGCGGUCGAGAUUAGCGUGGACGGCAAGAAGUGGGCGAAGCUGACGCGCGACGGCAGCAAGGCGAUCUGGGGGAUCAAGGGCAAGGAGGCGAAGGAGGUUGUGGGCGCGAAGAAGGCGGUGAGCGUUCGCCUCACUGCGGGACACACCCUCGAGAAGAUCACUCUCGAGAAGGUCGUUCCCGCCGACUGGAAGCCCAUGACGCUGUACUCGUCCAAGACCAACUUCAAGAAGCUCAUGGCCGAGGCCAAGGUAGUGCUCUAG